AUGGAGAUGGUUGGGGGAUUUCUAAAGAAUUGUUACCAUUGCAAGAAGAAGAUUCUUGAAGAUGCUGAAGUUUUCAUGUAUGGGUUAGGAUUUGUGAUUGAUUUUCUCUCCAAGGCAACUCUUGUUGGGUUCAUCGCUGGUGUGGCAAUCAUAGUUUCAUUGCAACAACUGAAAGAGUUGCUCGGGAUAGUUCACUUCACCACCAAGAUGCAGAUAAUUGUUGUUCUAUCUUCUAUUUUACAGCAAAAAGAUGAGAAAGGUCAUUUAGCUAAGGUGUUGCUUUUGUUGCCCUUUGUGAGUAGUUUCAUUUUGCAUACAAAUGCGGAAAAGGAUCAUAACCCAUCUGAAGAACAUCAGACCUCCCUUCCUGCUGAGACAAUUCUCCCAACAGAGCCUCAUCAGUCUACUCAUCAGGUUGUUAAGACAAAUGAACCCAAUGCUCAAGCCAACACUGACCAACACCAAACUCCAACUUCUAACCCAACUCAUCCUUUUCAAAAGAAACCUUUCAGGAAGUUCAAAUGUGAGAAAAUCAUCAAGGAAACCACACAAAUUAGAACAUCUAUUCGUCAAGAGAUACAAGUCCAAUUAAUAGAGGAAACCAUUUCAAUGGCUGAGAAGGCGGGCUUGACCAUGCCCCCGUCGUCACCAUGA